AUGGCAUGGAAAUUUAGUGGAAAUGUUGAAUUCGACCUAAACGCUGGCCGUAAUGCAUUUCGAUCUGAUGCAAGUCUCGAUGAUUGGGAAAGUGUUGAUAGUGAGACAAUAAUGCGCCGUAACUCAGCAAUUCGAUCAUUUACUGAAUCGGUUGAUUCGGAUUUUCCACCUGCUCCAGAAUUACCACCAUCGUUAAAUAUCGAUUUGCAUUAUCCAGACGAAGUAAUGAAAAGAAGUGAAACUUCUGAGACAAUUAUUGAGGUUCAUCUUUAUUAA